CUUGGCUCAGUUCAGAGCCUGCAGGGGAAUGAACAGAAUCCAGCAAAGCUGGCUUGUUUGGUUUGGAAUUCUUAUUUUUUAAUCCUCUCAUGAUGAGAUUAAACUAGGCUAAUAAAGCAUUUUUUCUGUAUCAUAAAAUUCACCAAAGCAGACACAGGUAGAGCAAUAGCUGUAAAACAUCACGUGGGACUCUGAAAGACUUGGUGGCGUCUCUCCUUGCUUCCCUGCUGCUGCUGGUUGGAGGCAUGUUCUCUGCGUCCACCCCACCCCCUGGGCCGCUGGAGAAAGUCUUCCAGUACAUUGACCUCCAUCAAGAUGAAUUUGUGCAGACGCUGAAGGAGUGGGUGGCCGUCGAGAGCGACUCGGUGCAGCCGGUGCCCCGCCUGCGACGAGAGCUGCAUCGGAUGGCGGGCCUGGCUGCGGACCGGCUCCAGGGCCUGGGAGCCCGCGUGGCCUCGGUGGACGCGGGCUUUCAGCAGCUGCCUGAUGGUCAGACCCUCCCAAUACCUCCCAUCCUCCUGGCUGAACUGGGCAGUGACCCCAAGAAGCCCACGGUGUGCUUCUAUGGCCACGUGGAUGUGCAGCCUGCCAGACAGGAGGACGGGUGGCUCACGGACCCGUACACGCUGACGGAGGUGGACGGAAAACUUUAUGGCCGAGGAACAACAGACAACAAAGGACCUGUUUUAGCAUGGAUCAAUGCGGUGAGCGCGUUCAAGGCCCUGGACGAGGAUCUCCCAGUGAACGUCAAAUUCCUCAUCGAAGGGAUGGAGGAGGCUGGGUCUCUAGCCCUGGAGGAACUUGUCCGGAAAGAAAAGUCUGGGUUCUUCUCGAGUGUGGACUGCAUUGUGAUUUCGGACAACCUGUGGAUUAGCCGGAGGAAGCCGGCGCUCAUCUAUGGGACGCGGGGGAACAGCUACUUCACUGUGGAGGUGAAGUGCCGGGAUCAAGAUUUCCACUCGGGGACCUUUGGUGGGAUCCUCAAUGAACCCAUGGCGGAUCUGGUCGCUCUUCUCGGCAGCCUGGUGGACGAGUCUGGCCGCAUCCUGGUCCCUGGGAUCUAUGAGCGCGUGGCCCCUGUUACAGAAGAGGAGAAGAGGAUGUACGAGGCCAUCGACCUGGACGUGGGCGAGUUCCGGAGCAGCAGCCAGGUUAAGAGGCUCCUGUUUGACACCAAGGAGGAACUUCUAAUGCACCUGUGGAGGUACCCAUCUCUUUCUAUCCAUGGGAUUGAGGGUGCAUUUCAUGAGCCUGGAGCCAAAACAGUCAUUCCUGGCCGAGUCAUAGGAAAAUUCUCCAUCCGGCUAGUGCCGCACAUGGAUAUGUCUGUGGUGGAGACCCAGGUGAAGCAGCAUCUUGAAUACAUAUUCUCCAAAAGAAACAGCUCCAACCAGAUGACUGUUUCCAUGGCACUAGGACUGCAUCCGUGGAUCGCAAAUAUUAGCGACCAUCAGUAUCUUGCAGCAAAAAGAGCCAUCAAAACAGUGUUUGGGACAGAGCCAGAUAUGAUCCGGGAUGGGUCAACCAUACCCAUCGCUAAGACCCUCCAGGACACCACCCAGAAGAGUGUGAUAAUGCUGCCGCUGGGUGCUGUGGAUGAUGGAGAGCACUCUCAGAACGAGAAGAUCAACAGGUGGAACUACAUACAGGGAUCCAAAUUAUUUGCUGCCUUUUUCCUAGAGAUGGCAAAGCUGCGUUCAUCAUGGUAACCUUCCAGUCUCGGUCUGAACUGCUAACAGAUUCCUCUUUCACAUGACCCUGGGCAAGAACAGAAUCUAAAUAUCCAGAGAAUUUUGCUCUCAAAAAUAAUGUUUCCCCUCCCAUUUUAGAGUGUCCCUGGACUUUUGGACCAGUAAUAAAAUAUUUCCGAGGCACA